AUGAACGUGCUCUCCCUGCUGCUGCUCCUCGUCCUUCUGGCCUCCGUUUCCGAGGUGUUCGGCCGUGGAAGACGUUGCCGUUCGAGCACUCAGUGCGACUUCCAAUCGGUGUGCGACGACGGAUUCUGCUUCACCGUCGACGAGAUGUUCGACAAGUACGGAAUGAGUAACAACUGACGGUGUGUUGACGAAUGAAGCGUUUUCGAGCAUUAAAGACUACCUGCAAGACGCUCUAAUCGCAUAUUGUCACAGUGAAAAAAGAAAACGAAGAUUUCUGAUCUCCGAGCAAAUUCUCAAAUUGUGGCGUGACCACGAGCAGAACAUCAUUGUAGCUAAAUUGGCGAUAACCGGCACAUCUAACUCGUUCGCGGUAAUUUUUUAA